CCGAGCAACUUAACUUGUCUUGCAUCACGCAAUUUGCUGGUGCAUUUUGAAGUGCGAGUGUUUACGUUUGAUUCGCAAGCUACUGUACUGGGCUUGUUGUUAUGCAAGUGCGAGCAUCCGAAAGUCGAAGUUUGUGACGAAACAGGGUUGCAUCUAGUCUGAGAUGUCGAUUCGGCUGGCAGCCGUUCGGCUGUUCAAAAAUGGUCGACAGCUCGUCAGGCACAUCCACAAGAGCAAGAUUAGCUCUUUCAAUCGAGCGGCCGAGCCCUUCCCAGGGCCGCCAGCGCCGCAGCCGAGGCCCUCCCUGGUGCAGCAGGUGACGCAGCAGGCGCGAAGGGUCGUCGUCGAUGCCGUUCUCAGUAGGGUCACGCACUCGGUGGCCGCUGACCUGCGCCGCAAGGUCACCAGGCAACUGCUCUUCGGCGAUUCGAGACCUUUCUUUGCACUCGUUGGGGUCAGCCUCGCUUCUGGAACCGGGAUUAUUACUAAAGACGACCAACUUGAGGCCGUUUGCUGGGAAAUCAGGGAUGCAGUGAACCGUAGUAAAAACCUAAGGAGCAACCAGCUUUUCAACGAGGAUUUGCCUGAUAUUGGCCUGGCGAAUCUGGAGUUCGGCCCGGAACCUCUGGCCAAAGGUUGCAGCGCAGUUGUCUACCCAGCUAGAUGGAGAAACGAAAAUCCUGAAGCUUCUACUUCCAAUGGAAAUGCGCAUGUUGACUCUUCGAACUCAAUAUAUGAGUAUCCCCUUGCCGUCAAGAUGAUGUUCAACUACGACGCUGAAUCGAACGCCUCUUCCAUCCUGCAUGCGAUGCUCAGGGAGACUGUUCCAGCCUGGAGCAGGGAUUUCGAUGUGAUCCAGGUCUUGGACUACACCGCGACAGGUCGCCUGUCUAGUCUCUCCCCCCACGCGAACAUUGUGGAAAUGUACCGCGUCUUCACUGACCGCAUUCCCGAUAUACCUGGCGCAAUGGAUCUCUACCCUGACGCACUCCCUGCCAGGAUCAACCCCUCUGGUUCCGGUAGAAACAUGAGCCUCUUUCUGAUAAUGAAACGAUACGAUGGUAGCUUGAGGGACUACAUAGUCAAAAAUCCUCCUUCCCCCAGGGUGGGUCAGCUGUUGUUUGCCCAGCUGCUGGAAGCUGUGGCUCACAUGAAGAUGAACAAUAUUGCACACAGGGACCUGAAGAGUGACAACGUUUUGGUAGACCUGGUCGAAGGUGACGAUGUGUGUCCUGUGGUGGCUGUGUCUGAUUUUGGCUGUUGUUUGGCUGACACGUCUCAUGGAAUGAAUCUACCAUUUUCCUCUCCACAUGUCGACCGAGGCGGUAAUGCAGCACUCAUGGCUCCAGAGGUGGCAUGUGCUCGUCCUGGGCCUUUUUCUACUAUCAACUAUAGCCAAGCUGAUCUAUGGUCUGUUGGAACACUGGCUUACGAGCUGUUUGGAAUGGACAACCCCUUUGCUGGCAAAGGUGCAACCUUGUACAACCGAACUUACAAAGAGGAGGACUUGCCUGCAUUGCCCGACAGCAUGCCUGCUCCUCUAAGAGCAUUGGUCUAUGCGAUUUUGUCCCGAAACCCGUCAAAGAGGCCAUCGCCUGAGUUAGCAGCAACGAUCAGCCAACUGAUUUUGUGGGCGCCAAGUGAGUGGUUGAAGUCUCGCGAAAUGAGUGCUCCAUCCAGCAAUGAGGUGUUGCAGUGGUUGCUUUCCUUGGCUACAAAAGUUCUGUGCGAAGGAAAUACGGCAUUUUCCAACAGAGGUCGUCGCACCCUGCCUGAAUAUCAGCUGAUCACCAGCCUCCUGAGCAGGGUGAAAUUACAGCAAGUGCGCCAGGCACUCUCCUGGAUCCACCAGAAUUCGAUGUGAUUGCUAAUUGACAGCAAAAAAUUGUGAUCAGACCCGACUUGUUUAAAUUUUGAUAGCGAAAAUUUUGAUCUGAUUGUGAACUGGAUUUUGUUUGUUUCUUAAAAACCCGCUUUCUAGUAUUAUCCUUAUUUGCUUGUUACUGGGAAUUUCAUGCUAGAAUUUUUGAACGGAUUGUUCAGUUUAUCCUGUUAUUUAUAUAAUGCUGCAGUAAGACUGUUCAUUAUUUUAUUGUACUUAACUUUCAGCACAGAAUAAAAAUUAGAAUAUUAUAGCA